AUGGCUUUCGGUGCCCGACGGAGGACGAAUGGGCCUCUCCAUUUUUUCUCGUCUUCGUCUGUCCUCUCUCUCGUGGUCCUACCCUUCCUUCUUUUCUUACUGAGCUUCCCCGCUCCCACAUCUGCCGCCGGUUCAGCAGUUCUUGGGAUUGAUGUCGGCACGGAAUAUCUGAAAGCGGCGCUCGUUAAACCCGGAAUACCGCUGGAAAUCGUACUCACAAAGGAUUCGAAACGCAAGGAGUCGGCGGCCGUUGCGUUCAAACCUACCAGGGAAGCCGAUGCUCAAUUUCCAGAGCGCUUUUAUGGUGGUGAUGCUCUUGCAUUGUCCUCGCGAUAUCCCGAUGAUGUCUAUGUGAACCUCAAGACGCUCCUAGGCCUUCCCUUCGGCGAUGGAAAAGGUGAAUCGGUUCAAGCUUACCACGACCGGUUCCCUGCUUUAAGGUUGGAGAAUGCUCCUGGUGAGCGCGGUACUAUCGGCCUCCGAAGCAACAGGCUUGGUGAAGCGGAAAAGAAAGACGCAUUUCUCAUCGAGGAGCUGUUGGCCAUGCAACUGAAGCAAAUCAAGGCCAACGCUGAUGAGAUGGCUGGAAAGGGUUCCGACAUCAAAGACGUGGUGGUCACCUACCCGUCGUUUUACACCGCGGACGAGAAGAGGAGCCUGCAGUUGGCGGUUGAACUUGCAGGAUUAAACCCGGAAUCUUUCAUCAGCGAUGCCCUUGCCGUUGGUCUUAACUACGCCAUGGGCCGGACGUUCCCCAGUGUCUCUGAUGGGGAAAAACCCGAAUAUCACGUCGUGUAUGAUAUGGGCGCCGGUUCCACUACUGCCGCCGUCCUCCGUUUCCAGAGCCGCAAAGUCAAAGAUACAGCGAGGUUUAACAAGACCGUCCAGGAAGUCCAGGUGAUAGGGCUCGGUUCGGAUAGAUCUCUUGGUGGCGAUUCCCUGAACGACCUUAUUGUCGGGGAUAUGGUCUCUCAACUUCUUGAAGAUAAGAAACUGAAAGAUCGUGUUACACUUUUAGACGUGCGUGCACACGGGAAGACUAUGGCAAGACUGUGGAAAGACGCCGAAAAGGUUCGCCAAGUUCUCAGUGCCAACACCGAAACCGGUGCUUCUUUUGAAAGUCUUUAUGACGAAGAUGUUAAUCUUAAGUAUCGCGUGACUCGCUCGAGAUUUGAGGAGCUCGCGGAGCAGCAUAUCACGCGUGUCACAAAGCCGCUUGAGGAUGCCCUAGUGGGCGCAGGGCUACAGUUAGACGAUGUUGACUCUGUUAUUUUACACGGUGGUUCUAUUAGAACCCCAUUCGUUCAGAAGGAACUAGAAAAGUUCUGCGGUGGUUCGGAGAAAAUCAGAACCAAUGUCAACGCCGACGAGGCUGCGGUUUUUGGUGCUGCCUUUAAGGGAGCCUCUUUCAGCCCAAGCUUUCGGGUCAAAGAAAUCCGUGCUUACGAUGCGUCUGGUUACCCUGUUGUUCUCAAGUGGCCUUCGGAUUCUAAGGAAAGGCAGCAAAAGCUGUUUACUCCCACUUCUCAAGUCGGACCGGAGAAAGAGGUCACAGUCAAGAACCUUGAAGACUUCGAGUUCAGCUUCUACCAGCAGGUACCGACUACCGAUAACGUGGUCGAAGUUCCUGUCCUUGGAGUGAAGACUCAGAAUCUUACGGCUUCAGUCGACAAGAUGAAGGAAAGCUUUGGCUGCACAGCUGCAAACAUCACUACCAAGUUUUCCAUCAGGUUGAGUCCCAUUGAUGGCCUUCCUGAAGUCUCGGGUGGCUCUGUCAGCUGUGAAGUAGAAUCUUCUAUGUUGGGGAAUGUUGUCGAAGACGUUAAAGGAUUCUUUGGUCUGGGUUCUAAGAAGGAUGGUCAGGUACCUUUGGGAGAAAAUGGGGAGCCAAAUGAGUCUGUCACUCUGGAGGGCGAGGAGCCCCAGACAUCAUCAUCUUCCUCUGCUGACGCUGCGGCCACCGCGGACGCCGCAAAAGAAAGCAAGGCCGCAGCUCAGCCCCGAUUGGAGGUCAUUCCUAUCAGUUUCACAGCCUUCCCACUAGGUAUCCCUGCGCCGUCUCGAGCAGAGCUUUCCCGUAUUCAAAGCCGGCUGGCCGCUUUUGAUGCUUCAGACCGUGAUCGCGUUCUCCGUGUGGAGGCUCUGAAUGAGCUAGAAUCCUUUAUUUACAAGAGCCGGGAUCUCGCGGAAGAUGACGAAUUUGUGAAGGUUCUCGAAGCGAAUCAAUUGGCCACCCUCAAAGAGAGAGUGUCUAGUGCUAGUGACUGGAUUUAUGGUGACGGCGAGGACGCCAAAACAUCUGAAUUGAAGGCGAAACUGAAGUCUCUCAAGGAGAUUGUCGAUCCGGCAUUGAAGAGGAAGCAAGAAAGCAUAAAUCGUCCUGCGCGUGUGGAAUUAUUGCAGGAAUCUCUCAAAAACGCCCAGAUGGUUAUUGGUGUUAUGGAACAGCAAAUUCGCCAGGACGAAGAAAUUUACUCCUCAAGCCUAUCCGCUAGCACCUCAACCGCCAGUGAGUCGGGAACGUCUGCAUCUGAAUCUCCUUCAGCAUCGGCCGAUGCCGACGACCUUGAAGGUGACCCAUACAGCACUUCCACUACGAAAACAGCAUCAGCCAAAGCAUCCCCUGGACCGACUCUGAAAUACUCUGUCUUUCAACCGUCGGACUUAACGAGUCUUUCCGAAGCAUACGAAUCCAUCAACUCGUGGCUUGAAUCCCGACUUGCCCUCCAGGAGAAAUUAACUGUUACGGAUGACCCGUCUUUGACUGUGUCCGAAAUAGAUUCCCAUCUCAAGCGCCUUGAGCGAGUUUCCACUCGUAUCUACCAGAAGAUGGGCGCGGCGGCUGCUAAAAAGUCGUCUGGGGACAAGUCCACAAAGAAGAAGUCGAGCGAGAAGCAACAGUCCACCAAGGGAUCAGAAAACAAGGAGGAGAAGCCCACAUACAACAAGAAGGAUGAGUUGUAA